UUAAUGAAACCUAUUUGAAAUCAGAAGGACUCUCUCUCCUCUCUUAGAGAGAGGUUUUCUCUCAAAGAGAUCUCUACCCUCUUCACAAAAACAGAUCUUUCAGAGGGUUAGAGCACCAUUAACCCAGGUGCUUAAUGGGUUGCUUAUUGGGUUUUGGAUUAAAAAAAAAAGGAAAAGAAAAGAAUUAGAGAAGCAGCGAUGCUUAAUUAAGCCUCGGAAGCAGCGUGUCUUAUUGGACACGUGUUGUCCAAACAACCCUCCGCGUUCCUUUCUCUCUCUCGUGAAACGGAAACGUCUCGUUCUCUCUCUCGACGACUCCGUCUUCUCUCUCGACGAAAUCGACGCCUCCUCGACGCUAAGCGCAGCUCAAACCCGACACAGUGCCCAAGCUCCUGAAGCUUUACCUGCUCUGACCGACUAACUCAUCGGCGCGAUGAUGUCUCCUCUGUGGCGAUCGUAUGAUCCAAACCUCAUCCAAGAACCUACCGUCUACAGGUUGAAUGAAGCAGUGAUGCAUUUUGGUGAAAGAAAAAUCUACUGAAAAUGUGCAGACCUCUCAACCGAGCGGAACACACUCGGAUCUUUCAAUUCAAAUACCGCCUAGACCAAUCCCAUUCGGUGGUGCCGGCCGUAUCCCAAAAGGUUCUCUGAAACAAGCGCAGUGACAGGGAAAGUAGGGACUGGUUCCAACUUUGGAUGCAACUUAUUCAUGUCCACAAUCAAAAUACAGAUACACAAACAGAGUAGAAGAAGAAAGGCAUAUAUUAAAUUAUCAGAUCAUACAAAAUUGGUAGGUGAAGACAAAACAGAAGCCGUGUGUGUACUGUGUACAAAACUAUUAACUCAUUUCUGGAGAUGAUACCGAGAAAGAAAGUCUUGAUACGAAGAAGAACGAUCUUGCCAUUGAGAAACAAGCGCCUUGCACAUAAACCUAUCAUCCAACACCUCAAGCCCUGAUCUUCCUCCACCAACAACAUCAUCAUCACUGUCUUUACGACACACUUAGGAGACAAACUUUGCGAGUUCUUCUGAAUCAUCUGUCUUUGUGAUUGGAGAAUAAGCAAUGAACCGCUUCUUCUCCUUCUCUGAAAACCACAUGUCAUCGUCAAGUGGUAUGGUUGUCUCGCCUGCACCUGAGUUUGCCAUUUCACUAGCCGCUUUGGAGAUUUGGUUGCACCUCUCAGCGAACUCUGCAUCUGGCGAGAAUAACUCUUGUUGUUCUAAAUUUACACAACCGUUGCGGAGCUCGUGUAAUGUUAAGAGAACUGGGAGUGGGAGAACAGGACCAAUGAGAUCAACACCAGGCCGCACUCUUGUUUCCACAAAAGAAAAGGCGGUACCUGCGGAAACUCCGGAACAGAUAAGAACUCGAGAGACGGUUUCUUCUUGUCUAACAGAACACCUUCAACCUCAGUGUAGUUUGAGAACGCAAGCAACAAAAGCUCUAUAGGUAAGCUUGACCAGGUCUCUCUCAACGCGAUAUCGAAAACGCUUGUUGGUGAGUUGAUACUGUCGAAGACUGCAGUAACUGUGGAGGAGCAUCUAUCUCUACCGAACCCGCAGAGAUUCAGCUUCUCGCAUAGCUCCUCGUGGUAGGUUAAGCUGAGAGGAUCGCUCUUCUUCUUCGAACCUCCUGAUGGUCUAUUUUUACUAAUCCUCGAUUCAAACAACUUGGUGAGGUUCCCUUUUGUGUAAGCAGAGAGAUAGUCUAGUUCGAGGUAUUUGAACCGACGAGGGAGUUUGUAUAUGUUAUCAUCAGGGAAGUACAAUAAGUUCACCUCGUCAGAGGUGGAGUCUCUGUGAGUCACUACUCCUCCCAAGCUAGGAGAAGAACGAAACUUGAGUGCUUCUAGCUUCCCUGAGGAUUUUAACUGAAUCAAAGUAAACCCAUCUGAUGAACUGAGUGAUGGAAGGUACUUGUUUAAAACUCCAAAGCCAAGAACAAGAACUCUCUUCUUCUGCCAAUCGAUCCAGACGGGGAGAGACUCUUUCAUUAUCACUUCUCUAAUUGCACAAUCUCCACAUAGACAUUUACCAGCUGGUGAGAGUAGAUUGUGUGGAAGCUCCCAGACAUACAAGGAAGAAGGAUCACUGGCAACAGAAGGAGAAGGUCCAUAACAGAACAUCUGAGACUCUGCAUUCCAAAACGACCCUACUACAACGCAUGAAGUGGUUGAUUCAUCUGUCCGAAACCCGAGAUCAGACAAGCUAUAAACAUCAAUAAAGCAAAGCUUCUCAACAUCAUGCUGCCAUUUCAACAAAGGCACUCCUGACCUCUGAUCACAAAGAUACAGAUAGCUCCUAAAAGCUAGAAGAAACCCAAAACUAUGGUCACUACUAGCCGCCUUGGCAAACGCAACAAACUCUUCAGCUCCAGCCAUGUCCAGACUCUCAGACUCCAACAAAGCUCUCACACUACAACAACUCCCAGAGGUUCUGGUGAUAACAAAAACUGCAUCAGACCGAGCAACGAUAAAAGUCCCAAGCCUCCAACCAAACUCACACCCUAACCAACACUUCCCUUGAUAAUCCUCCCACGAAACCUUCAUCUUGCAACCUCUGAAUCCACUGCAAUGUCUCUCAUUCAGUUCAAACACAAAGACCUCGCCGUUCUCUAACAACACCAAACACUCUCCACUAAGCUGAGAGCUCCAAGAAGCGCUAGCAACCAAAGAGCUCUUAAACUGCUGACCUCCAAUGUAACUCAAAACCGGUCUGCCUCGAGACUCAUCGUACUUGACGCAGUACCAAUGAACCGAAUACAGCAAACAAACCAUAACGUAACCCAACUCAUUAUGUACUCUCAAAUCACCAGCACUAAUAUCUUCAAAACUCUAGAAAAGAACCGCUCUUUCGCUACGAAGACUUCACCUUUAUCCAAACCCAUGACCUGGAUGUCAUCCCCGGAGACGGAAACCACCACGAACCCGAGCUGAUCGGGGAAAGGAAGAAACUGAUACGCUUUAAAAGGAUCACUCGACCGGAUUUGGAAAAGAUAUGAACUCCAAGAGGAGAUCUGAUGGAAUGAGGGGUCGCACAAAGGUUGCGGAGUGGCCUUUGAUAUUCCCGAACCAGAUUGUUGCCGGAUGUGACUCACCGGUCCAACAAAGAGGCAAUCUUGAACCGUUGCUUGAUAUGACUCACAAGACCAACUGAUGCGCCUCAGUACAUGGAUCAGUACAUGGAACCAGACCAGGAUGGGGAACAGGACGAUCAGAUCAUUCCAACCGAGGUUCAGGCAGACGACCGUUCCAGACAGACACACCGAGCCGUGUACCGGAUCGACCCGCACGCAGCCGGAAAAGAACUAAGGCUAGAACCAUGUCCAGAUGACCAAACCGACCGUACCGGAGCCCGUCUUUCCCGACCAACUCGCCAAGCCAAGACUGAUGGUCGAGCCGGAACCCACUUGGGUCGAGUGGAAAUCGAGACAGACCAUAGUCUUUCCCUUUUGGUCCGUCUGAUCCGAGCCGAGUGUCCCAAUGAGCGUACUGAUGGAUCAGCCGGCCAGUAUGAUCUGUUCUUGAACUUUGAUGAUCAAAAUUUCUCUAAGGCACGGAUUCUACAACUGUCCAAGGACUUGGGUCGUGCUGGAACCAAGUUGGCGCAUGAGCCUUACCCGGCUGACCGUCCGGAACGCGCCACGCCUGUUCUGCUCCUUACCGCGAAGGAACCACUUGGUUCAGACGAACCUGGACGUUAGCCGAAGAGUCAUCUUUGACCAGAUCUGGAAUUUAAGAGUUUAAUACAUUGUCUUUCAAAAUUCUAGUCAGAUUCGAUUUACUAAGUCUAUCUUUAAUACAUUCAUAUGUCUCUUUCUAUUCCUCAAGUAGUAUAAAUAUGUAAACACUUCUAUCAAUAAAAUCAUUCCAUUUUCUUUAAACUUUUUGAGUCUUACUCUUUGUUCUUUGCUUAGAACUUUUCUAGUUUUCUUGGUGUGGUUAGCUCCAAGCAAACGCCCUUGUCCGUUGGUCUUGUGAGUCAUAUCAAGCAACGGUUCAAGAUUGCCUCUUUGUUGGACCGGUGAGUCACAUCCGGCAACAAUCUGGUUCGGGAAUAUCAAAGGCCACUCCGCAACCUUUGUGCGACCCCUCAUUCCAUCAGAUCUCCUCUUGGAGUUCAUAUCUUUUCCAAAUCCGGUCGAGUGAUCCUUUUAAGGCGUAUCAAAGUGGUAUCAGAGCCACUCUUCCGGUAUCUCUUUUCAUUCCAUCUUUCUCAACUACCAUUUUCUUCAUUUAAAAAAAAAAAAAAAAAAAAAUCUUCUUCUAUCUAUCUUGAAUCCGGGCCCCUCAUUACCAUCCAUUUAAAAAAAAAAAAAAAAAAAAAAGAAAGAUCUACGAUUUAAAAAAAAAAAAAAGUUUCAAGUUCGAUUUGUGGAUUGGUGGUGGAAGAGAAAGCCUGCUGGCUGAGGAGAAAUCCAGCCUUUGAGGUGGUUAAAACGGAUUCCAAAAGCUAAAUCUCUUAUCUUUCUCUCUUUACAAAAAAAAAAAAAAUUAUUACCUUGUUUGCUUGAAGUUUGUCCCUUGGAAUUCCUUGAUUAGAUCUUUUAGAACCUUGAGUAUAAGACUUGUGAGUGAUCAACAAAAAUCUGAGAGAAACACGUGUGUGGGUGAGAUCAAAACACUUGAGAGAGUGAGGUAUUUUUAUCUAAAGUUUUGUGUUUAAGAAGUUUCAUGAACCAAGUGAAGACGAAAGGAGCCGACCCGGAAACUCAGUGGCCGGUUUAUCUAACUUUCAGAUGCGAGCCUUGAAUGAUUCUUUUACUAACCUUAUGAAUGCAGGUCUUGAGCAGAUCCAUAUAAGGCUAGAUGAGAUCCAGAACAGUCAACAGCCGCGUCCUCGAACCAGAGCAAGAAGAGAUCGCCCAAGGAGGCCAAACCGGUCUGAUGAUGAGAUCCGAGAGGAGGACUCUCAUGAGGACGAGGACCGAUCCAUAAACCGACCUAGGAGGGGUCACAGAAACCAGGAACCAGGUGAUGUCAAUCCUUUUGCUAGAAAUGAACGUGCUAAUGAUAGCUUAAGUGGAUUGAAACUAAAAAUCCCACCUUUUGAGGGUAAAAAUGAUCCUGAUGUUUUUCUUGAAUGGGAAAGAAAAAUUGAACAUGUCUUUGAUUGUCAAAACUUUUUUGAACUUAAGAAAGCUAGACUAGCUGUUACUGAAUUUUCUGGCUAUGCUAUUAAUUGGUAUGAUCAAGUUGUGACUCACAGGAGGAGAACAGGUGAGAGACCAAUUGAGACAUGGGAUGAGUUUUCCAUGCUGAUGAGGAGACGAUUUGUUCCUGCUCAUUAUCACCGAGAUCUCCACCAGAAACUCCGACGCUUACUUCAAAGCACUAAGUCCGUGGAAGACUACCACCAGGAGAUGGAAACUUUGAUGAUCAAGGCCGAUGUAGACGAAUCCGUGGACGCCACUAUGGCUAGGUUCCUUUCUGGCCUUAACCGAGACAUCCAAGAUCGUAUGGAACUACAAGAGUAUGGAACUGUGGAGCAAAUGUUGCACAAAGCCAUCCUGAUCGAACAACAGGUCAAAAGAAAGAGCUACUCAAAGCCGGCCUUUGCUCUUAAACCGUCCUUUACUCCUAAGCCAAGUUAUCAAGACAAAGGUAAGUCUUCUGCCACAACAAAUACAGCUUUAAAGACUGAUGCUCCUGCUCGUGUUGACAAAGGAAAAGCUAUUGAGAAUCCUAGCCGUGCAAGAGACAUCAGAUGCUUCAAGUGUCAAGGCCUAGGACACUAUGCCAACAAAUGUCCGAACCAAAGAGUAAUGAUUCUCAUGGAAAAUGGAGAGGUUGAGUCCGAGGACGAGCAAGAGAACAAGGAGGAUCUUGGUCCUAUCUUUGAUGAGGAAGAGGAGUCCUUUGACUACCCACAUCAUGGACCACUACUUGUUGCGAGGAAGGCUUGGAACGGUCCCAUCUUCGAUGAGACGGACGGUCAUGCUAACGGCCACACGGACGACGACCUUGGCCCGGUCUUCGACAUUGAUUCUGAGCCGAUCUUUGAUAAGGAGGAUUGCUUUGACUAUCCAGCUCACGGACCACUACUGGUUACUAGACGUUCCUUGAGUGUUCAGCCCAAAACCAAUGAAAAAGAACAAAGGGAGAAUCUCUUUCAUUCUCGUUGUUUAAUCUCUGAAAAAGUUUGUUCUUUGAUCAUUGAUGGUGGGAGUUGUACUAAUGUUGCUAGUGAUACUCUUGUCAGGAAGCUAGGGCUAGCUACUCGACCUCUUUCACGUCCUUUCAGGUUGGAAUGGCUCAAUGAAACUGGUGAACAGCAUGUCAAGGAACAAGUCACAAUCCCUCUUACCAUUGGACGAUAUGAGGAUGAAGUUGUUUGCAACGUUCUUCCUAUGGACGCUUGUCACAUCCUUCUAGGCCGUCCAUGGCAGUUUGAUAAGAGAGCAGUGCAUGAUGGCUUCACAAACCGACACUCCUUUGACCACAAAGGAAAGAAGAUCACGCUGGUUCCCUUGUCUCCAUUAGAGGUUCACCAAGAUCAGGUCCAACUCAAGAAGAACCGUGACCAGGAACCUAAGCCGGACGAGCCUGAGUCAUCUCAACGAAACUCCAACUUCUUCAUAAAACAAAGUCAGGUUAAGAGGUCUCUUUACUCCCAAAAGCCAUUUCUUUUACUUGUGUAUAAAGAAUCUCUUAUGGCUUCACUUUCUUCUGACCUUGCACCGGAGAUUCCGAGUGAGUUGCUAGAUAUUUUGCAGGACUUUUCUGAUGUGUUUCCAGAUGAGAAUCCUAAGGGAUUGCCACCAGUUCGAGGCAUAGAACAUCAGAUCGAUUUUGUCCCGGGAGCCUCUCUACCGAACCGGCCAGCCUAUCGAACCAACCCAGUUGAAACCAAAGAACUUCAGAAGCAGGUUGGUGAUCUUCUGGAGAAAGGACACAUCAGGGAGAGCCUCAUCCCUUGUGCCGUGCCUGUCCUCCUAGUGCCCAAAAAGGACGGAUCUUGGCGCAUGUGCGUGGACUGCCGUGCCAUCAACAACAUUACGGUAAAGUAUAGGCAUCCCAUUCCUAGGCUUGAUGACAUGCUAGAUGAGUUGCAUGGUUCAUCAGUUUUCUCUAAGAUUGACUUAAAAAGUGGCUACCACCAAAUUAGAAUGAAAGAAGGUGAUGAGUGGAAAACUGCAUUUAAGACGAAACUAGGAUUGUAUGAGUGGCUUGUCAUGCCAUUUGGUCUUACUAAUGCACCUAGCACUUUUAUGCGUUUGAUGAAUCAUAUCUUGAGGUCUUUCAUUGGUCAUUUCGUGGUUGUUUACUUUGAUGAUAUUCUCAUCUACAGCAAGAAUCUUGAUGAUCAUAAGAUACACUUGAAAUCUGUUCUUGAUGUUCUACGGAAAGAAAAACUUUUUGCAAAUCUUGAAAAAUGCUCUUUUGGAACAGAUCACGUGGUGUUCUUAGGCUUUGUUGUAGGUGCUGAUGGGCUCAGAGUGGACGAGGAAAAGAUCAAAGCCAUCCGAGAUUGGCCGAGUCCAACGACUGUGGGCGAAGUAAGAAGUUUCCAUGGCCUAGCCGGCUUCUACAGACGGUUCGUCCAGGAUUUCAGUACCAUAGCCGCUCCGCUUACUGAGGUAAUCAAAAAGAACAUGGGGUUCAAGUGGGAACAAGCCCAAGAGGAGGCAUUCCAGAUUCUAAAAGGGAAGUUAACUCAUGCUCCUUUGCUUACUCUCCCUGAUUUCUCUAAGACUUUUGAGAUCGAAUGUGAUGCUUCGGGUGUUGGUAUUGGUGCUGUUCUCAUGCAGGAUAGGAAACCCAUUGCUUACUUCAGUGAGAAACUUGGAGGAGCCACGCUCAACUACCCCACUUAUGACCAGGAGUUGUAUGCUUUGGUGAGGGCUCUUCAGACAUGGCAGCAUUAUCUUUGGCCAAAAGAGUUUGUGAUCCACACUGAUCAUCAGUCCUUGAAACACCUUAAGGGCCAGCAAAGCUGA